ACACUGUGUAACGUUUCGGGAAGCAUAAUAAAAGUUUAGUAGCACACACAUUUUGAUACACUUUCAAACAUGUUCGUAGUCUAACGGCAUUUGAUAUAUUUUACAUUGAAAACAUAUUUUUUUACGAAAAAUCUAAACACUUUAGGGUCCAACAUUUCAAUUUACUUGUUCAAAUUUGAUUUUGAUCCGACAAGCGUGGUUUGAUUGUGGGGAAAGCCACCCCUAUUAUCAUAAGUGCGUGAUAUUAAAAGAAUAUAGAAUAAUUAGGUAAAAUAAAAGCCAAACAUGGAAAUGGGAUGGAUACGCUUAACGGUCAGUGCAUGUUGGUUUCUGAUCUCGAUCGCCGCACAGGGUAUCAAUUUUCCCGAUGGUGGUGCAACUACCGUCGCCAGUAAUAAUGGGGAUUUAACCAGACAACAACCAGUGACCAAUGUAAGCACAGGUAUCAUAACCGGGACACUUCCUGGCACCGUUCCGUUACAAACGGGAAUAACUGGGAUAACUGCUUUGCCGGCAACCAAUCAAACUUGCAUAUGCGUUCCAACUGGGCGGUGCACGGGCAGUUCCGGUACUGGUUCCGUCGAUGGUUCCGGAAUGUUGGACGUCAGAAUAGUAACGUCUUCGUCAACAACGAAUACGAACAUUGUGACCGGAAUAACACCGAACAUCGUAACCCCCGCAACCUGCGCCGCGGGGCUGGAAAGGUGCUGUCUACCCGGAGGCUAUCAAUGCGGCUUGCAAUUCCCGCCCGUUGCCGCUGCGAGACAACCUGCAGCUGGACAGGCAGCUUAUGGCGAGUAUCCAUGGCAAGCAGUGUUGCUGGGACCAGGAGACAUUUACGUCGGUUCCGGCGCUUUGAUUGACCCGUUGAACGUUAUCACGGCGGCGCACCGAAUUAGCGAUUAUCUGUCUGGAACACGCGUGUUGCGAGUACGCUUGGGUGAGUGGGACGCAUCGGCUGCUUCGGAACCGAUUCCUGCUCAAGAGUAUACCGUUGUAAAAUAUUUUGUCCACCCUGGUUACAUUGCCGCGAACCUCAAGAAUGACAUUGCGAUGCUUCGACUAGCUUCCAGUGUAAAUUUGGGCGCAACACCAACCAUAACAACCGCUUGCCUUCCAUCUACGUCCUUCGUUGGUCAACGCUGUUGGGUAUCGGGCUGGGGAAAGAAUGAUUUUGUAAGCGGCUCCUAUCAAGCAAUUCAGAAGGAAGUUGAUGUUCCGGUAAAGUCGUCUAGUGAGUGUGAGGCAUCGCUGCGUACUACCAGAUUAGGAACUACGUUUUCUUUGGAUGCCAACAGUUUUAUAUGUGCGGGCGGAGAAGCAGGAAAGGAUGCUUGUACAGGCGACGGAGGAUCGCCGCUGGUUUGUGGUCUUGGUGGACGAUUUUUUGUUGUGGGGUUAGUGGCGUGGGGAAUCGGUUGUGGUACAUCGAACAUUCCAGGAGUUUAUGUCAACGUUGCUUCUUAUGUACCGUGGAUUAUGACCACAGUUAGUUCAAAUUAAAACAAAAUGUAUGUGCUAACAAUAUAUUUUCGCCAUUGUACUUUGGGGAUGCAUUUCAGCUUUAAAAGUAGCAAUAAAGCACGAUGCCAAAAAUAUUUGAAAAUAUAUUUGGAAAUCUACAACCAAACACAA